AUGAAGCGAAGUUACGAGAAUGCUCUCAAACUCUUGGAGAUGCGCCGGCGAUGCGACCGGCCACCAGCGCUUGCAGCAUCCCCAGUGACGCAGGAUACAGCCAUUCCUGGCAAUAAUAAUAUUCUGAGGGGUGUGCCCAGCCUAGCUGGAAUGUCUGAGUGGUUGCGGAUCUUAGGUCACUCGGACCGUGAUCUUGACAAACUGAACAUAGUCCAUAUUGCUGGGACGAAGGGCAAAGGCAGCACCUGCGCUUUCACGCGCUCUUUUCUCCAUGCGCAUGGUUUGAGAACAGGAUUCCCAAGCCGUAUCGGCUUAUAUACUUCCCCUCAUUUGAAAUGUAUCAGGGAGAGAAUACAGAUCGACAAUCAGCCAAUAACGGAAGAUAUGUUUGAGCGAUAUUUCUUUGAAGUGUGGGAAUGCCUGAUGUCUUCCGAGAUAGCGAGGUUGCCACGUUAUCUGCAACUUCUGGCUCUAUUGGCUUUCCACACAUUUGUCAAGGAGAAUGUUGAUGCAGCAAUAUUCGAGACACACCAUGGCGGGGAAUAUGAUGCAACAAACGUGAUACCGAAACCUGUUGUAACGGGGAUCACCUCACUUGGCAUGGACCACAUUUCACAGCUGGGACCUACAAUCGAGGAUAUAGCCUGGCAUAAAGCUGGUGUCUUCAAAACCGGCACUCCUGCAUUCUCCAUAUUACAGGAGGAUGGUCCUCGUGCUGUUCUGGAAAAACGUGCCGCAGAGAAAGGGGUCAGCUUGACCUUCGUCCCAGCCAAUGAUACCCUUCCUGAUGGCGGUAGAGUGCUCAGCAUUCCGGCUCAGCGACUGAACUGCUCUCUUGCCCUUGAGAUAGUGGGAGCUUUUUUGAAGCUCAAGGCACCUGACCACACAAUUGACUUGGGUGACAUAUCUAGUGGUAUUGAGAAUUUUUCAUGGGCCGGGAGAUUCGAGGUGAUAGAAGAUGGAACAUCACGAUGGUUCCUGGAUGGAGCGCACAACACGAUGAGUCUGGAACAGACGGCGGAAUGGUUCUCGAAUAACACCAAUGCUGCGGGUAGCCCAACCUUUCGUGUUUUAAUCUUCAGCCACUGUUCAGCAGACCGCGACGGUGCGGAUCUUUUAGAGUGUCUGGCGCAUUCUAUUUUGAAGCACAAAGCUGCGCCAAAUUGUGUUAUUUUCACAACCUACCAGGAGAGCGAGGGCGGGUCCACAAGAACAGGCAAUACUGUUACAUUAUCCGAGACAUCUUUUCCUGAACUCUCCGGUUUAUACUCUUCAAUAUGGACGAGUCUUAGCCCCAUAUCUGUAGUUUCAAUCGAGCCUACAAUUGAGCGUGCAAUUAAGUUUGCAAAACAUCUAGGUACCCAACAAGGUGGAAUGGACGUGCUUGUAACCGGGAGCCUAUAUUUGGUUGGAGGGGCUCUUAACGUUUUACAAAGACAAAUUGGUUCAAGCUAACUGGAGCCCUCCUCAAGAAUCAUGUGCUUUUUGACGGAAUGAUACCAUUAGCAUGAAUCUGAUAAUUACAUUUCUC